CCUGCUCCGGCUGAGCCCAGGGCGGGCCGGGGACCGGUAUAAAGCAGCGGGAGCCACCGCGCGCGCAGAGCCUCGGCGAGUCUGUCCCGCCCCCUCCCACGCAGCUGCCACCGCCAUGGCCCCGGCCCCUCUCUUCCUUCUGCUCCUGGAGCUGCUCCUGCCGCCGGCCCAAGACGCCGCUGACGCCUCGUCCCUGGUCAACAGCUCUACUGCAAGCUUGCCCUCCAGCCCAGUACCCUCUCAUACCUCGUCCCUGACCACCACCGACCCCUCGACCCCGACCACCAAUGGCACCUCGUCCCCAACCAACAAUGGCACCUCGUCCCCAACCACAAAUGGCACCUUGUCCCCAAGCACCACAGGCACCUCGUCCCCCACCAGCAGCCCCGCCAGCCACAGCGCCAGGACCGCCACCAGCACCACUAACCACAGCGUGGAGACUGCCACCUCCUCCGAUCAUAAGACUUCUCCCCAGGUGUCCAUUAGGAUCUCCUUUUUCUUCCUGUCCUUUUCCAUUUCGAACCUCCAGUUUAACUCUUGUCUGGAAGAUCCCAACACCAGCUACUACCAGCAACUGCAGAGAAACAUUUCCGAGUGGUUUUUGCAGAGUUAUAAACAGGAGGAUUUUCUGGGUCUCUCUAACAUCAAGUUCAGGCCAGGCUCCGUGGUGGUGGAAGCCAUCCUGGCCUUCCGACAGGGCACCACCAGCGCCCUCGACGUGAAGGCACAGCUUGAAGAGCACAAGGCAGAAGCAGCAGAGAAAUACGGCCUGUCCAUCUCGAGUGUCAGGGCACGAGACUCGUCAGACGCCUCGAUUCCUCCCUUUGUUCAGUCUGGGCCGGGGGUUCCUGGCUGGGGCAUCGCCUUGCUGGUGCUGGUCUGCGUCCUGCUGGCGCUGGCCGUCGUCUACUUCCUCGUCCUGACCGUGUGUCAGUGCCGCCGAAAGAACUGUGGGCAGCUGGACCUCUUUGCAACCCGCGAUGCCUACCACCCUAUGAGCGAGUACCCCACCUACCACACCCACGGGCGCUACGUGCCCCCCGGCAGCACCAGGCGCAGCCCCUACGAGGAGGUGUCUCCAGGCAACGGCGGGGGCAGCCUGGCCUACACGAACCCCGCAGCCACCUCUGCCGACUUGUAGGGGCGCGCUCCCUCUCCCCGGCGCCUCACUGCCAGAGUCCUCUCCUGUCGCCUCUGUUCUGGGCUCACGAGCCUGAGUUCAGCUGGGGGCUCACGGGCCCCACCAAGUCCCCCCACCCAUCUCAGCCCUGCCGAAGCCAGUCGGAGUGCCCUGAGGACCAGCCCUGGACCGUGGCUCCCAGGAAGACGGGCCCAGAAAGCCCUGCGGGGGAAGUUGGCUGAAUAAAACGUGGACCUCCUCUGUGCUGUCUGCCAA